GCUACUGGACUGCGGAAAGCUGAGGCUGCCAACUUUGGAGCCUAGGUUUCUCAGGACAUCAGGUCAAGCAACUGAGAGGUCCACCCAGGGGUAAAUUCCUCACAUAGUUUCUUCUCUCUUGGGACCAGCGCUUUAACAUCUGGGUUAAUGAGAUCGUGCAGACACGGUAACUAGGCAGAGAAAACAGCUGGACAUGUUGCUGGGAGCCCAGACAGAACGUGAUCAGUAGUUCUCAGAAACUGCGUCUAAAUACCAGCUCCAACAGGCUUGUAGCGUCCGAGUGCGGAUAAGGCAAGUGCAAAAACGACAAUAGUUUGGGCCUUUGGGGCCAAAUCUGCACUUCUGAGAGCUACUUUUACUGCUAAGUUUUGAAAUUCAAUUUACCCAGAAGGAAGCGUUUCAGAGUGGCAACCGCAGCCAGGUAAAACUAAUAUUUGCACUCACACACUCCCCGGAUUCUUCACAGACAAGGAUGGAAGAGAAAACUUAGGAAGUUCAAGUUUGGCAUUAAACUAAAGGACUCGCCGCCACUCUGUACCUCCUUUAGGGAGUUCAUUCGUCCCGAGCGCCUCACAGCUUAGUGCGCCUGCGCGUGCGCGGACUGCGGCCCCGCCUCCGCUUUGGGGACGUGGACGUGCGUCGGGUCGCGGGACGCGGGUGCGCAUGCGCCUUCAUUACGCCAGCCCGCUGCCUCGGGCUGCCAGCGGGAACCGCGGGGUGGACGAUUUUGGCUGCUGUGUUUCCCGUGCCUGUUAGGCGCAGCGAGCCCGCAGACUGAGCAAGGAAAGGUUAGAGGAAGUGCUCCCCUAGGCUGCAAGAGUCGAAGCAAGAGUAUUUCCUUCCCACCAGGCAAGUGCCCAUAGAAACCGGGCCCCGCCCCCUUCCCGGCCUGCGUUCCCAUCCCGUCUCCGGGGCGGAGGUGAGGACCUCCUUAGUUCCUGGGGUUCUGUCAGUGAGCCCCUUCCUUGGUCAUGAAGCUCGUGAGGAAGAACAUCGAGAAGGAUAAUGCAGGCCAGGUGACCCUGGUCCCCGAGGAGCCUGAGGACAUGUGGCACACUUACAACCUCGUGCAAGUGGGGGACAGCCUGCGCGCCUCCACCAUCCGCAAGGUACAGACCGAGUCCUCCACGGGCAGCGUGGGCAGCAAUCGGGUCCGCACUACCCUCACUCUCUGCGUGGAGGCCAUCGACUUCGACUCUCAAGCCUGCCAGCUGCGGGUUAAGGGGACCAACAUCCAAGAGAAUGAGUAUGUCAAGAUGGGGGCUUACCACACUAUCGAGCUGGAGCCCAACCGCCAGUUCACCCUAGCCAAGAAACAGUGGGAUAGUGUGGUUCUGGAGCGCAUCGAGCAGGCCUGUGACCCAGCCUGGAGCGCUGAUGUGGCGGCUGUGGUCAUGCAGGAAGGCCUCGCCCAUAUCUGCUUAGUCACUCCCAGCAUGACCCUCACUCGGGCCAAGGUGGAGGUGAACAUCCCCAGGAAAAGGAAAGGCAAUUGCUCUCAGCAUGACCGGGCCUUGGAGCGGUUCUAUGAACAGGUGGUCCAGGCUAUCCAGCGCCACAUACACUUUGAUGUUGUAAAGUGCAUCCUGGUGGCCAGCCCAGGAUUUGUGAGGGAGCAGUUCUGCGACUACAUGUUUCAACAAGCAGUGAAGACCGACAACAAACUGCUCCUGGAAAACCGGUCCAAAUUUCUUCAGGUACAUGCCUCCUCCGGACACAAGUACUCCCUGAAAGAGGCCCUUUGUGACCCUACUGUAGCUAGCCGCCUUUCAGACACUAAAGCUGCUGGGGAAGUCAAAGCCUUGGAUGACUUCUAUAAAAUGUUACAACAUGAACCGGAUCGAGCUUUCUAUGGACUCAAGCAGGUGGAGAAGGCCAAUGAAGCCAUGGCAAUUGACACAUUGCUCAUCAGCGAUGAGCUCUUCAGGCAUCAGGAUGUAGCCACACGGAGCCGGUAUGUGAGGCUGGUGGACAGUGUGAAAGAGAAUGCAGGCACCGUUAGGAUAUUCUCUAGUCUUCACGUUUCUGGGGAACAGCUCAGCCAGUUGACUGGGGUAGCUGCCAUUCUCCGCUUCCCUGUUCCCGAACUCUCUGACCAAGAGGAUGAUUCCAGUUCUGAAGAGGAUUAAUGAUUGAAACUUAAAACUGAGACAAUCUUGUGUCUCCUAAACUGUUACAGUACAUUUCUCAGCUUCCUUGUGACAGAAAGCUGCAAGAAUGGCACUUUUUUAUUCAUACAGGGAUUUCUUAUGUAUUUGGCUACACUAGAUAUUUUGUGAUUGCCAGGACAUGUAUUUAAACAAUAAACUAAAAGGAAAUAAUCUCCACGUACUACCAUCUUUAUUAAAUUGGGUAAUUUUUAUAGGAAUUAUGAGUUAUCUGUAGUACUUGGAAACAGAAAAUGUGUGUAUUUAAUAACGAUGCCUAUAUAGUAUGUUGUUUGGGGUAAAUUGUAAAAUUUCACACUGCAUGCUUUGAAACAGUUUUCCUUAGAAAAAGCUUUUGCUAACUUAUCCUCAGUUUGCAUUAUUUCUUUAUUUGAAUUCUGCAUGGUGUUCUUGCAUUGCAUUUAAUGAUCCCUUUUCUCCCCACCUCCACACACUAUAUAUUUUUUAGAUUUAAAUGGUUUUACUAUUUUAAAUGAUUGCCGUACAAUUAGUAGACUUGAAGACAAGUUUUAAAUAUUUUUCUUCAAAGGCUUGUUGAACCAAUCAUGUUAAAAGGAAAUUCUUGGUUUUGUUUUGUUGUUGUUAGCAUUAGUCAUAUUUGAUUUAGAGGGUAACUUAAUCAGUUAUUUUUAGAUUUUUAGAGCUUUGAUCUGCUAGGGAUUGUCAAAAUAAUCUUGAGGCAUCUUUAUUUUUAAAAUGAGAUUGAAGUAUGUGAUUUGCUUGUUAUGUGGCUAAUUAGUGGCAAAGCUGGAAGUCAUUCCCAGUCAGGACUUUAGCUCUUUGCACCAAAACAUGCCAUGUUAUUUAUUUAUUUUUUGCUUGUCAAAGUUAUACUUUAUUCUGUUUUAUAUUUGUAUGUGGCAUUAAUUUGGGUUUGCACAUUUUUUAUUGGACUGUUUUAGUUGUCCAAAGUUUAAGUCACAUGACUAGUACGUGGCAAUUUACUUAAACUACAGUACUCUUUACUAUCAUUGACUUAAACUCCAGUACAAUUUACUAUAAUUAUGUUAUUGUGCAAAUACCUCCGAGUUUAAAAUAUUAUUUUUAUUAAGUAUUUUUGGUGCACAUUUCUAAAAGUUAAGGAAGGAGCUUCAGUAAUGGAAUUGCUUCUUGAUCUUUUCAAACCUCAAUUUAGCAAAAUAAUUAGUAAUGAUCUAAUAGUGAUGAUUCAGUUUUUAACUGCUGGAUCUAAGUAAACUUUUGCCUCUCUUUCCUGUGUCUGUGGGCCUUCUUCCUGGUGUGAAAGACUUGGGGAUUUUUUGUAAGCUUCUUAACUAGUCUGAACCUUUUUAUUUCUUAUAGGGAACUGACACUUCCCUAUACUUUAAAACUCACAUAUUUAUAUUUUUAUAAAUCUACCUCCUAAUUUAAAAAUAAUUGAGAUUGUCAUUUCAUUAUAAUUCCAUGAGUAUUUAUCUUUAAAAUACUGUUUAAAUAUGUUACUAAAUAAUUUAAUAAGAAUAUAGAAAUGAAACCACUGAGAUUCUUAAAGUUCGAACCUGAUUGAUAAUUAUAUUUUCAGUAAGGAUUUGGAGAUUUUUGGACAUUUUUACUCUCAUAACCUAUGCAGUACUGAAAUGAGGCCUAAUAAAUAUAACCAAUACAUGUUAGGCCAUAGGUUCUCAAAUUUAGCUACCUGUUCACCUCAACUUGAGAGCUCUUGAAACCCUCAGUGUCCAGGUUGCAGCCCAGACUAAUUAAGUAAUGUUUUAUUCCUAGAAAUGUUUUUUUUUUAAAGCCACCCAGAUGAUUCCAAUAGGCAUCAAGGCUGAGAGCCACUGAUGCAGGCCUUGCUAUUCAAAAGUAUGGUCCAUAGACAGCAGCAUCCCCGAGAGCUUGUUAGAAACUAGAAUUCAGGGAUCUUUUGUAGACCUACUGAGACAGACGCUACCUGUACCAACAUCUCUGGAUGAUUCCUGUGCAUAAUAAAAUCUGAUAAAGGCAAUAGGUUAUUUUUCCUAUGCUGGUAAAUAUCUGGCAGGGGUCCCCAGUCAGGAAAAAGAUUGGAGUAUUAAGGUCUUUCAAAAGAGUUAACUGGCCAUACUCAACUAUAAAACCUAAAAAUUUCUGUUUUUGUGUCUAUGAAUUAAUAAAAUAAAAU